AUGAAAUUCCAAAAUACAGUUUUGCAAGGAAUCUGUAAUUUUCUUGAGGAGUUUGAUGAAGGAUGUCGUGAUAUCUCUGAAAUAUGUUUCAAAGGUCCCGAGAACCUAGCAGUGCUUCCUGAUAUUUCCAUAGAGUAUGGCGAGAAGUAUCAACGCGUAUGUUUUUGCUUGUCGUUUGAAAUAAAAAACUAUGGGUUACAUAAGGUUAUUCAUAAUGGUGUUAUUGAAAGUCAGUCAAUAAUCCGUGAGGCAGUGAUAAACAUGGUGAAUGCAUCGCACGAUUUCUUUGUUAUUUCAGAUUUUUUCACGACUAUUAUUUUCAUGUUAAAAGAUGAUUUCAAUGAUGUCGGUUUACAAACCCAAGCGAGAGAAAUUAAGAAAAAAACUGGCCUGAAAUGGAGAAAAGUUUGCAAUAGAAGACGGAAAAUGACAAGCCUCUACAAGACAAUUACCAAGGAACAAUAUAUCCAUGACAAAAAAAACUCGAUGGGGAAAAAAGAUAAGUGGCAGAAGCUCCAACAUGAAGUAGAAAAUUUGACUCUGGAAGUCCGCAAGAUACCAAUAAAGAUAUCGUACAGAAUAUUCAAAAAUGACGACAGGAAGCUCUCAUUAAUUUUGGCAUUGACCAGUUUGAUUUAUCAUUGCGGGAACUACUCAGAUGAGCAAAUUGAAAACGCAACAUUGAAAACUGACAGAUUAAGAAGAAUUUUGAAAAAAUCAACAAAAGAGACAGAAAGGAUUAAGUCUAACAAAGUGUAG